AUGAUGUGUGAGGUGAUGCCCACCAUCAGUGAGGACACUGCCCUGAGCCAGCGCGGCUCUCAGAGCAGUGCGUCUGAUCCGGACUCUCACUUUGAACAGCUGAUGGUCAACAUGCUGGACGAGAGGGACCGGCUGCUGGACACUCUGAGAGAGACACAGGAGAGUCUGGGCCUCGCUCAGCAGCACCUGCAGGAUGUUAUGUAUGACAGGGACUCCCUGCAGCGCCAGCUCAGCUCGGCCCUGCCACAGGAGUUUGCUGCGCUGACCAAGGAGCUGAACGCAUGUAGGGAGCAGCUCCUGGAGAAGGAGGAGGAGAUAUCGGAGCUGAAAGCUGAACGGAACAACACCAGGCUGCUGCUGGAACAUCUGGAGUGCCUUGUGUCCCGACAUGAGAGGUCUCUGCGGAUGACGGUGGUGAAGAGACAGGCACAGUCUCCCUCAGGGGUCUCCAGUGAAGUGGAGGUCCUCAAAGCUCUCAAGUCCCUGUUUGAACACCAUAAAGCACUGGAUGAGAAGGUACGAGAGAGGCUUCGGGUUUCACUGGAACGGGUAUCUGCACUAGAGGAGGAACUCACCGCAGCCAAUCAGGAGAUAGUGGCCUUACGCGAGCAGAAUGCACACUUCCAGAGGAAAGUGGCAGCUGGAGAAGGAGAUGACUUAUUGGAGGGCACCGAUUCUCAACAGAAGGUACAUGGCAAGAGGAUAUCCAAUGGUUUGGAGUCAGCCCACGAGGCAAGUCAGGUGGUGGAGCUGCAGGACCUCCUGGAGAAGCAGAACUACGAACUGGCACAGAUGAAGGAGCGCAUGUCCUCCCUCUCCUCCCGAGUGUCCGAGGUCGAGCAAGAGCUGGAAACUGCUCGCAAGGACCUGAUUAAGUCCGAAGAGAUGAACAACAAGUACCAGAGGGACAUCAAAGAGGCCAUGUGUCAAAAAGAGGACAUGGAGGAGAGGAUCGUUACGCUGGAAAAACGUUACCUUAGUGCCCAGAGAGAGUCUACCUCUGUGCAUGACAUCAAUGACAAACUGGAGAAUGAAUUAGCCAAUAAGGAAGCCUUCCUCCGUCAGAUGGAGGAAAAGAACAGGCAGCUUCAGGAGCGACUGGAGUUAGCUGAGCAGAAGCUACAGCAGACCAUGAGGAAGGCCGAAACACUGCCGGAGGUCGAGGCAGAGCUGGCACAAAGGAUAGCAGCGCUCACUAAGGCAGAAGAGCGUCACGGGAGCAUUGAGGAGAGGAUGAGGCACUUGGAAUGCCAGCUGGAGGAGAAGAACCAGGAGCUGCUCCGCGCACGUCAGAGAGAAAAGAUGAAUGAAGAGCACAACAAGCGUCUGUCGGACACAGUGGACAGACUCCUGACUGAGUCCAAUGAGCGGCUGCAGCUCCAUCUGAAGGAGAGAAUGGCUGCGUUGGAGGAGAAGAACUUGUUAAUUCAGGACUCAGAAGGCUACAGAAAACAGUACGAGGAAUCGAUCCAUGAAAAAACUCAGUUGGCUGAGGAAAUAGAGAAACUCAGAUCAGAACUGGACCAAUUCAGACUGAGGGGGGGCUCCCUAACAGAGCCUACACUCUCAAGGUCUCACCUGGACACAUCAGCUGAGCUCCGCUUUUCUCUGGGGUCUUUGGCUGAAACACAAUCAGAUCAUUAUCAUUCAGCCAAGGUCAUCCGCCGGCCGAGAAGAGGAAGAGUAGGGCUGCGAGAAACAAAGGCUAAAUCCCUGGGAGAUCAUGAAUGGCGAUCCCAGCAACUCGGGGUGCUUGGGGGGCAUCACUUUGAAAGUGAUACAGAGAUGUCAGACAUUGACGACGAUGACAGAGAGACCCUGUUCAGCUCAAUGGAUCUGCUCUCUCCCAGUGGUCACUCUGAUGCCCAGACUCUAGCCAUGAUGCUGCAGGAGCAGUUAGACGCAAUCAACAAGGAGAUCCGAUUAAUCCAGGAGGAGAAGGAGUCAACAGAGCUGCGGGCAGAGGAGAUUGAGAACCGUGUGGCCAGUGUGAGUCUGGAGGGUCUGAACUUGGCCCGAAUGCACCACCAUGGGGCCUCUAUCACUGCCUCCGCCACAGCCUCCUCCCUCGCCUCCUCAUCGCCUCCUAGUGGACACUCCACCCCAAAACUAGACCCCCGAAGUCCUGCUCGAGACAUGGAGCGUAUGGGUGUCAUGACACUGCCAAGUGAUCUAAGGAAACACAGAAGAAAGAUUGCUGCAGUGGAAGAAGAUGGUCGUGAGGACAAGGCCACCAUAAAGUGUGAGACAUCUCCUCCACCAACUCCACGCACAGUUCGAAUGACACACACACUGCCAACCACUUCACACAACGAUGCACGAGGUAUUGUGGCCUCUUUGGAGGCUGAGGCCAGCACCCUGAGUAGUGUUGGAAGCAGCCAAGAUUCUCUUCACAAGCAGCCAAAGAAGAAGGGCAUCAAAUCCUCCAUUGGACGCUUGUUUGGAAAGAAAGAGAAAGGCCGGCUGGCCCACCUGGCACAUAGACAGGUCAUGGUUGAUCCACAAGCCACAAUGAUGGACCUGGACAUGUCCGGACAGGAGAUGGGUGUUAGCAAACUAGGCACUCAGGCUGAGAAAGAUCGCAGGUUGAAAAAGAAACAUGAGCUGCUAGAAGAGGCAAGGAGAAAAGGUCUACCUUUUGCUCAAUGGGAUGGACCCACUGUUGUUGCCUGGUUGGAGCUUUGGUUGGGGAUGCCUGCGUGGUAUGUUGCUGCCUGCCGUGCAAACGUCAAGAGUGGAGCUAUCAUGUCAGCACUGUCAGACACUGAGAUCCAGAGGGAGAUCGGUAUCAGUAACCCUCUGCACAGACUCAAGCUCCGUCUGGCUAUUCAGGAAAUGGUCUCCCUCACCAGCCCCUCUGCACCACCCACCACAAGAACUCAAUCAGGCAAUGUUUGGGUGACCCAUGAGGAGAUGGAGACCCUGGCAGCCCCCUCCAAAACGUCAAAUUCUGAAGAAGGGAGCUGGGCUCAGACUCUAGCUUAUGGUGAUAUGAACCAUGAGUGGAUAGGAAACGAGUGGCUGCCCAGUCUAGGACUACCUCAGUACCGCAGCUACUUCAUGGAGUGCCUGGUGGACGCCAGAAUGUUGGACCACCUCACCAAGAAGGAUCUUAGGGUGCACCUUAAAAUGGUGGACAGUUUCCACAGAACAAGUUUACAAUAUGGCAUCAUGUGUCUGAAAAAGCUCAAUUAUGACAGAAAAGAACUAGAGAGAAGACGAGAGCAUAGCCAACACGAUUUAAGAGAUGUGCUGGUAUGGAGCAAUGAGCGGGUGAUCCGCUGGGUGCAGAGCAUAGGCCUGAGGGACUAUGCUAACAUUCUGCUGGAGAGUGGAGUGCAUGGAGCCCUGGUUGCCCUUGACGACAACUUUGACUAUAGUAGUCUGGCGCUGCUCCUCCAGAUACCCACGCAAAACACUCAGGCACGUCAGAUUCUCGAGCGAGAGUACAAUAAUUUGCUGGCCCUGGGUACUGACCGACGACUGGACGAGUGUGAUGACAAAGACUUCAGAGGUCCUUCCUGGAGGAGGCAGUUUCCACCGAGGGAUGUACACGGCAUCAGUAUGAUGCCAGGGUCAGCAGAGACUCUCCCUGCUGGCUUUCGGCUCACUGCAUCCGGUCACUCUCGAAGACUGCCCCCAGAUGUCGGCCCGUCUGCAGUGCAGCGGUUGGACAGCUCCACGGUGAGAACAUACUCCUGCUGA